CGCGUCCAUGGUCUGCCAUGCGUUGGGUCCAUUACCUAGAAGAGCUUCAACACCAAGAAAACUUGCAAGUUACACAACAAGCAGUUUUUAGCCAUGGCUGAUAAAGAUCCCUCCCCCGCCGAAGACGCUGCCGCGCGCAAGAAGGAGGCCGAGGAGCAGGCUGCGCUGCCUUACAAAUGGAGCCAGACCAUCGGCGAGCUGGACCUCUCCUUCAACGUGCCCGGAAACUACAAAUCAAGAGAUCUCGUCGUCGAUAUCAAGAAGUUGUCCAUUGUUGCGGGUGCCAAGGGACAAGAGCCCAUCAUCAAGGGCGACCUCCCCCACGCGAUCCGCGUUGACGAUUCGACUUGGACCCUAUCCACCAACUCCGACGGCACCAAGAUUGUCGAGAUCCACCUUGACAAGGUCAACAAGAUGGAAUGGUGGCCGCACGUCGUCACCAGCGCGCCCACCAUCGAUGUCACCAAGAUCCAGCCCGAGAACUCAAAGCUCUCUGACCUCGACGGCGAGACUAGGGGUAUGGUUGAGAAGAUGAUGUUCGACCAGCGACAGAAGGAACAAGGCCUGCCCUCGUCAGACGAGCAGAAGAAAAUGGAUAUCCUCAAGAAGUUCCAGGAACAGCACCCGGAGAUGGAUUUUAGCAAGGCCAAGAUCCAGUAAAAAUAAAUAAAUAAACACAAAGGGAGGGUAUUGUAUAAAAAGGGGGGAAAGAUGAAAUAAUAAUGAAUAAAUGAUUGCAUAAAAAU